GAGCUCCCCCGCGGCCCGGCCCUGCCCCCGCCCUAUUCUCAGAGCUUGGCGCACUUGGCCUCCAGCCGUCAACCCAGCAGCUGCGUCCUGAGGCCCAGCCCGGGCACUAAGUGGAGAGGAUGACCAAAACAGAAAAGGGGAGCGGGGAAGCCAGUUGGGCUCUGCGUGGCGCCCUGGCCGCUGUGGCGCUGCUUUCGGCGCUCAACACGGUGGGCACUGUCUUCGCGCUGUGCCAGUGGCGCAGAUUGAGCGAGGCGCUGCGGGCGCUAGAGGCAGAGAAGGUUCAGCAGGCACGGGAGGACAGCGCCAUCCGCACCUUCCUCCAAGAGCUGAGCCGAGCGCCCCGAAACAUCCCAGGCAACCCCGACCCCGAUUUGUCCGGGGCAGCGCGGAACAAGCGUAGUCAUGCUGGGGAGCCCCAGCCACACAUCCGGGCGGAGAACCAGGACAUGCUGAUGAUGAUGACUUAUUCCAUGGUGCCGGUUCGAGUGAUGCUGGAUUUAUGUAACAGCACCAAAGGGAUCUGCUUAACAGGUCCACCUGGCUUACCAGGACCCCCAGGAGUAAAUGGAUUACCAGGACACAAUGGAUCAGAUGGGUUGCCUGGCAUUCAAGGACCAAAAGGAGAAAAAGGAACAAAUGGGAAAAAAGGAAAAAUGGGCCUGCCUGGGGCCAUAGGACAUCAAGGGGAGAAAGGAGAAAAAGGAGAUCCUGGUGAAUUGGGAUUGCCUGGCAAUGAUGGUCCACCAGGAGAGAAAGGUGAAAGAGGAGACAAAGGAGACAAAGGAGACCCAUCCAAUGAUGUGCUUCCUACAGGUGCCAAAGGUGACCAAGGUUCCCCAGGCCUCCCUGGGCUUCCUGGGCCUCCUGGACCUCCUGGCCCUCCUGGCCGUCAAGGUCCUCCUGGUCCCCCUGGAAGCAGAAGGGCCAAAGCCCCACGCCAGCCAAAUAUAUUUAACGGCCAAUGCACAGGUGAGACAUGUGCAGUACCCAAUGAUGAUACACUGGCAGGAAAACCAGAUGAGAAAGCCAAUGAACACCAUUCUCCAAAAGCUGAUUGCAUCAUCUCAUCUAUUGGAAGUCCAACCCAGGUGAUAAAAGUUAAGGACACUUUUGGAGCUUGGAUGAAAGAAUCAGUGAAUAAGAGUGAUGAACGGAUUUGGGUGACAGAACAUUUCUCAGGUCUCAUCGUGAAAGAAUUUAAGGAUCAAGUAUCCCUUCUAAACCACACUUACAAGCCCAUCCACCUCAGGUAUUUUUUCCAUGGCUGUGGGCAUGCUGUCUAUAACAACUACCUCUACUAUCACAAAGGAGGCUCCAACAUCAUUGUGAGAUUUGAAUUUGCAACAGAAACAUCUGAAACACUGAAGAUUGAAAAUGCCUUGCACUUUGGUCGAAAUUAUCUCUUCGUGAACUCAAAGACGUACUUCAAUUUAGCAGCUGAUGAAAAGGGCCUUUGGAUCAUCUAUGCUUCUAGUUUGGACGGGUCCAGCAUCUUCGUGGCCCAGCUCGAGGAAAGUACCUUCUCGGUCAUCCAGCAUAUCAACACCACGUACCCCAAAUCCAAAGCAGGCAAUGCCUUUGUGGCCUGUGGCAUCCUCUAUGUCACAGACACCAAAGACACGAAGAUAACCUUUGCUUUUGACUUGUUAAAGGGGAAACACAUCAAUGUGAGUUUUGACCUAAGAACUUCACAGUCUGUUCUUGCCAUGUUAGCUUACAAUUUGAGGGAUCAGCAUCUCUACACGUGGGAAGAUGGCUAUUUAAUGCUAUAUCCUGUUCAGUUUUUGUCAGCCACAGGAAACAAAUGAUGGUUCUUUUCAGGAUGGUCCAAGAUCUCUCUUUGCUCUUUUGUCAAUUUUAACCUCGAUGUGGAAUAUUUCUGCCCCAACCUAAAGUAUGUUACUUAGGAUAGCUGGGUGAAGAGAAAAUAAUCCAGUGAUAUAUACAUGUAUGUAUAUAUAAUAAUCCAGUGAUGUGUAUAUAUAAGUACAGAAUAAGAAUUCAAUAAUUACUUGUCUAUUGAUUUCCCAAAUAAUUAGUUAAUUUAGCUGUAUAUUUAUGAACCUAUGUUUCUAUUUUAUGUCUACAUAUAAAUAUACAGAUCCAUAGAAAUUAAAUGCAAUGCUUUGUUGAUUGGGAAAUCAAUAAGUAGUUAUUAAAUACUUAGUAUGGACCAGAAUAUAUAAACCAUAGGGAGACAAGAAAAAAAGGGGAAUAGUGCCUACCCUCAAGGAGUUUACCUUCUAUCUAGCAAAUGAAUUAAUCCCCUUUAAAACUUUAUCCUUUAGUGGAAGAAUAUUGGACUAAGUAAGUCAAAAGACCAAGAUUGUAGUCCUGGAUCUGACUCUUAAGCAUCUCUAUGAUCUUGGGCAGCUUCCUUCACAUUCUGAUACUGUUUUCUCAUCUUAUUCAGCAAGGGGGUUGGAGGAGGUGGUCUCUGUAGAGGGGCUCUUCCAGCUCAAACAGUCCAUGAUUCUCAGCUGCCUGGAUGAUGGUGGUACUGGGAACAACAAGGAUUGCUCUCAGCUUUUCCACAAAUCUGGCAAAAUUACACAUGAAUUAAUUGAAAUGUAUUUAAAUUUUCACAUGAAUUAAUGGAAAUUGAUUAAAUUUUUACAUGAAUUAAUGAAACCGGUUCCUUGAGUAAUGGAUUCUCAAGGACCUGGUUAGGAAUUGUUAUCUUUGGAAAGUCAUCUUAACUCUUUCAGGCUGCUAAAGUCUAUCUUGGAGCUGAUUUCAUAUUCUAUGUGGAAUUUAUGCAGGGAGGGGAGAAGCCAAAUUAGUUGCCCAUUUCUAUUAUGUUUAAUUUACUCGCCUCCAUAAAUAGCAGAAACCCAAAAGAAAUAUUUGCCAUAGGGGGCAGCUGGGUGGCUCAGUGGAUUGAGAGCAAGGUCUAGAGAUGGGAGGUCCUGGGUUCAAAUGUGGCCUCAGACACUUCCCAGAUGUGUGACCCUGGGCAAGUCACUUGACCCCCAUUGCCUAGCCCUUACCACUCUUCUGCCUUGGAGCCAAUACACAGUAUUGAUUCCAAGAUGGAAGGUGAGGGUUUAAAAAUAAAUAAAUAAAUGAAAGAAAUAUUUGCCACUUGCUCAGUAGUCAAUUCAGCAGAUGUUUCUAAUUUUCUGCCGAUUUAGAAAUCCUAUAGAUUUGUAGGAGCAACGCAUUAUAACCAAGGUCUUGGGGCAUUCUAGUUCUGGGGCCACAUCUAUAUAGGUCCAUCUUCAGAGUUUCUGGGCUGAAAAAUGGGGCUGAAAUCUGGUUCAGUGUACACAUGAAAGCACUUUGCACCUUUCAGAGGAAAGGUACUCUAAGUAGCCUGAUUUAUCAAUCAGCCUAAGGAGGAAUCCCUCUGAAGGUUUUGUGGUGUAAUUUUUUACAUGUGUUUUUUUGGAAGGAAGAUAGGGGAAGUUGGAGGGAGGCAAGCAAGAGGAAAGGAUAAGCAAAUAUUUGCCGUCCCCUAAAAGAGUAAUCAUUGGAGGUAUUUUUCUCCCUUUUUCAACUUAGGAAGAUAAUAGUGCUGUCAUACAGAGGUGAGGAGAAAAAAAAAAGAAUUAGAUUAAAGACCAUCAGCAUUUUCCUCUUCAUCUGCUACUUAGACUUGCUCUAAAUUCCCCAGAUUUGCACGAGGAUAUAUCCAAAAUGGAGAGAUAAAAAAAAAACAACAACCUUCAAAUCCACAUAAUUUCUUUAUUAUUUCUUGCCAUAGAGAAAUUGAAAAAUCAUUUAUUCCAAAAUUCUGAUGAGGCCUGAAGCUUUGAAUAAAUUGAAAGCUCUAGCAUUUAGAUUACUUAAGGCUAGCUAUGUCACAUUUCUUUACCUAGACUCAACAUUCAAGCAACCAGUCCAUUCAAUGAAAAAGUAGUAGUGAUAUUGUGUUGAUAGAACAAUCCGCUGGAUUGGCUGAUUUUUCACUUUACAAUCAAUUGUGCUGAUGUCAUGUCUACACAGUUCAGUCAUUCCUUGCAACAGCACAUUGUAUAACUUUGAACAAUGCUGACCCAUGUUAAAGGUCAUUAUAUCUAGUAUUUAAAUCUUCAUAUCCUGGUCAUUUUUUCUCUGCCUCAUUUCCAGUAAAUAUUGGUGUUAUUUUUAAGUAUUUUGAGGGAUUCCUUGCCGUUGAAAUUCUUGUAUGGAUACAUCAAUUCUAUAUGUUAACAGAGUUAUUUCUGUUUUAAUAUAGAUCAAAAGAAUGAGUUCAACAAACACAGAUUCGGUUUAGGAAGAAACAAAGGCACUAGGUCUUAUUUCUCAAACAUGAAUGAUCUUCCAAUCCAAAAAGCAUUUAUUAAAAACUUUCUAUAGGUAAGGUACUGCCCUAGGUAAGGGAAAUGAAUGAAGAAAACCCAUUCCUACUCUCAAGAGGUUGGUAUUCUACUGGAGCAAUAAAAUAAUUAAGCAAAUAAUAUUGUUACAUCAUAAUUUGAGGUAGAGGAAAGGAACACAAGGUAGCUUCCAGUAGAGGUGAAAUGAACUGUCUUGAAAGAAGUAGGGAUUGAAGAUGGUGGAGAAAAUAUAAGGAUCCAUCUGGUUUCUACCUAAUUACCUUCCAAAAAGCAGUGAUAAUGCCUCAAAAUGAAUUCCCAAACAGCAUAACCCACAAAAAGACAAGGCAAAGUAAUUUUCCAACCCAAAACAACUUAGAAGGCCAGGAAAAGAGUGCUAGUACACCACAGGAGAGGAGUGCAGUACACCAGGGUAGACUGAGGUGAUAGGCAUUGGCCGCAGCCAAAGCUCUAGAACCUUCAGCCACAGAUCGUAACAGGGUCAGACAACUGCUCAGAAGGAGAUUAUAGGGACUCUGGUCCUGGCUCAGUGUAAGAUUCUUGUCCCAUAGCCCAUACACAGAGCCAGGUCACAGUCCUAGGGCCCAGGCACAGGGUGAGAAGGAAUGCCAAGAUACAAAAGCACUUAUAGUCACAGAAGAGCAAAACUGGCUCUUACAAAAAUUCACUGAAGGAAAGAACUCCACUUUACAAAGUAGAAUUAGCCAAAUGGAAAAGGAAGUACAAAAGCUCACUCAAGAAAAUUGUGCUUUGAAAAUUAGAAUUGGGCAAGCAGAAGAUAAUGACUCCAUGAGGCAUCAAGAAACAAUCAAACCAGGGGCAGCUGGGUGGCUCAUUGGAUUGAGAUCCAGGCCUAGAGACAGGAGGUUCUAGGUUCAAAUAUAGAUUCAGACACUUCCUAGCUAUGUGACCCUGGGCAAGUCACUUGACCUCCAUUGCCUAGCCCUUACCACUUUUCUGCCUUGGAACCAAUACAAAGUAUUGAUUCCAAGAUGUUAGGUAAGGGUUUUAAAAGAAAAAGAAAGAAAGAAUCAAACCAAGUUAAAAGAAUGAAGAAAAAAAAAUAGAACAAAAUGUAAAAUAUCUCAUAGGGAAAAACAAGUGACCUAAAAAAUAAAGUCAGGAAGAGAUAAUUUAAGAAUUAUUAGACUACCUGAAAACCAUGAUAACAAUAAAGACCUUAUAUCUUCUUUCAAGAAAUUAUCAUGGAAAACUGUCCUGAUAAUCUAGAAUGAAAGAAUAAAAUGGAUAUUUAAAGAAUCCACCAAUCGCCUCUCGAAAAAGAUCUCCUGGGAGCAUUCUAGUCAAAUUCCACAACUCCCAGGUUGAGGAAAAAAUAUUACAAGCAGCCAAAGAGAAAUAACUCAAAUAUCAAGAAGCCACAGUCAGGGUUACACAAGACUUAGCUUCUACAUUAAAGGGCCUGAAAUACAAUAUUCCAGAGAUAAAGGAGUUAGGACUUCAACCAAGAAUCAUAUAUCCAGCAAAACUGAACAUUAUCCUUCAGAGGGGAAAAAUGGAUAUUCAAUGAAAUAGAGGACUUGCAAACAUUCCUGAUGAAAAGAGCAGAACUAAAUGGAAAUUUUGACUCUGAAAGAUAAGAUUUGAGAGAAUCAUAAAAAGGUAAACAGGAAAGAGAAAUCAAAAGACAUUUAGUAAGGCUAAAUUGUAUACAUCCCUUACAUGGGGAAAUAAUUCUUGUAACAUCAAAGGACUUUGUCAUUAUUAGAGUAGUUAGAAGAAAUAUACACAGACAGAGGGCAAGGGUGUGCAUUGAGAUGAUGGGAUGAUAUAAGAAAUAAAAUAAAAUUAAGGCAGGAGAAAGAGGAUUAUAUUGGGAGGUGGGGGAAGAGAAAAAUUGAAUAGGACAAAUUAUUGCACAUAAAUGAGACAUGAAACAGCAUUCACAGUGGAAGAUUGGAGAGAUGGGGAAACAAGCAUGUGAUUCUUACUUUCAUCAGAAUUGGCUCAGAGAGGGAAGUAUAUAAAUAAUCAUUUGCGUAUAGAAAGCUCUCUUACCCUACGGGAAAAUAGGAGGGGGAGGGGAUAAGGCAAAGGGAGUGGGGCUGAUAGAAAAGAGGGCAAAUUUGGGAAGGUGGAGGUCAAAAAGUAAAUAGGGGGAAAUAGGAUGAAAAGCAAUACACAGUAAUCAUAAUGGUGCAAAAUUUUACUUCUAAGACUCUCUAAUAAAAGCCCUCAUUUCUCAUAUGCAUAGAGAAAUGAGUUGACUAUAUAUGUAUCAUUCCCAAUUGAUAAAUGGUCAAAGGAUAUGAAUUGGCAGUUCUCAAAGUAAUUAAAGCUCUCUAUAGUCAUGUAAAAAUGCUAUAAAUCACAGUUAUUUAAAUAAAUACAAAUUACAACAAUUCUGAGGUACCACCCUAAACCAAUUAGAUUGGCUAUUAUGACAGAAAAAGAAAAUGACAAAAAUCGGAGGGGAUAUGGGAAAGCUGGGACACAAAUGCAUUGUUGGGGAAGUUGUGAACCGAUUCAGUCAUUCAGGAGAGCAAUUUGGACCUGUAUCUAAAAGGCUAUAAAACAGUGCAUACUCUUUAACCCAAAAAAACCAUGACUAGGUUUGUAUCCCAAAGAGAUAAACAAAAAGGGGAAGGACUUAUUUGUACAAAAAAUAUUUAAAGCAGCUCUUUUUAGGGAGACAAAAUAUUUUGAAAUUAUGGGGAUUCCCAUCAAUUGGGGAAAAGCUGAGUAACUUAAAGUGUAUCAUUGUAAUAGAAUACUAUUGUACUGUUAAGAAAUGACAAGGAGGAGCUAAGAAAAAACUGGAAAGACUUACACAAAUUGAAGCAGAACCCAAAGAACAUUGUACAGUGAUAGGAAUACUUUAUAAUGAACAACUUAUAAAGAACAGCCAUUCUCAGCCAUACAAUGAUCCAAAAUUAUCCCAAAGGACUUCUGAAAAAAAAUGUCAUAUAUUCCAGAGCAAAAAGAACUGAGUCUGAAUCUAGAUCAAAGUAAACUUUUUUCACUUUCUUAAUUUUUUUUCUAGUUGAGUUUCCUUCCAUAGAUGAAUUAAUAUGGGAAAAUGUUUAAAAUCUAUUAGAUUGCUUAUCAUCUCAAAGGGGAAGGGAGUUGGGGGGUUGGGAGCAAGAGAAUUUGAUACUUAAUAUUAUUUUUUAAAUGUUGGAAACUUUUUACAGGUUACUGGAGAAGAAAUUAAAUUAAAAAACAAAGAAAAAAGUAGUAGAGAUUGAUGAGAAAUGAGUACAGUCUGAGCAUGGAGAGAAAGAACAUGUUCGGGAAACAGCAAAUAGACCAAUACUGUUCCCUUGAUUAUGAAUAAAGGAUCAGAAUUCCUUUCUGCACAGCUCAUCACUUUGAGACUAGAAUUUUGUUGACUCAGAGUACUUAUGAUACCUUUUCAACCAGGGAGUCUGAUCAGGGAUAAAAAGUAAAGGUUGAUCAUUCCAUAAUCUGCUUGACUAAGAAAGUAUGUUUUCACACAUUAGAAAAGAGUGAUUAUAUUUCUGUUUUCUUACAUGGGCUAUAAAUCCUUGUGCUUCCUAUUAAGAUAAAAAAAAAGAAA